AUGAGCCCAAUCAUCGGUGUCUUCCCCGCCUCUGGUGGGCUGGGAUCGAGCGUUGUGAAUCAUCUAAAAACACUUGUUCCUGCUUCGCAAUUAUUGCUAAUCGCCCGCCACCCCGAAAAGCUAGUCGCCAGCAGCCGAGAAGGCGCUUCUAUUCGACAAGCCGAUUAUGAUAUCCCAUCGUCUUUGACCAAUGCAUUCGACGGGGUGGAUGUGUUGAUGUUAAUUUCGUAUGCGUCGUUUGAGGUCCAGCAUCGGGCUGAGGCCCACAAACUCGCAAUCAAUGCCGCUAUCGCAAGUGGCGUGAAGCACAUCUUCUAUUCAUCGCUUGGGUUUGCGGGUAACUUAAGCGAUGAGAGCGUUGCACAUGUCAUGGGCGCUCAUCUUCUGACCGAAAAUUAUCUCGCGGCCCAGAAAGAUAAAGUAUCCUAUACUUCCAUUCGGGAGGGGCUCUACUCAGAGUCUUUUCCUAUAUAUACGGCCUGGUUUGAUCCCAAGAGCCCGGUUGAAGAGAUCACAAUUCCACAUUCGGGUGAUGGCCCCGGUGUCUCGUGGGUGAAACAAGACAAUCUCGGCGAAGCAACUGCUAGGCUAAUCGUUUCAUACGUGACGAACCCUACAAGAUUUAGCUAUCUCAACGAGAAAGUUCUCCUGUCGGGGCAAAGGGAAAUAUCGCUGACGGAGACGGUGGAAAUUAUCGGUCGCACUAUCGGAAAAAAGCUUCGAAUCAAGGAGAUUUCGGUCGAUCAAUAUGUUGAUUUGCCUCAGAUUGGGGAUAAGCACACAUACCACGGUAUUGACCUCUCUAGAGAGUGGUCCACUGCCUGGCAAGCUAUUAGGAAUGGAGAGGCGGCUACUGUUUCUCUGGCUUUGAAGGAUAUCUUAGGCCGGGAGCCUGAAGAUUAUGAGACAACCAUUCAGAAUCUUAUUGGCAAUAUCUAG